AUGAACAAAGACGCGACGAGCUGGUUUUCGAAUCUUCCCGCCGAGACCAUCGACAGCUUCGACGAUCUCAGCACGGCAUUCAUGAAACAUUUUGGCAUGUUUUUGUCGAAAGGCAGCACCAAUCUUUUCACUAUGGCACAAGGAAAAGAUGAGCCUCUUCGCGAGUUUGUGGAGAGAUUCAAAACAGCAGCAGUUGAGCACUUAGACAUCCCCGACGUGAUAGGAAUUAAAGCUUUUGAAAACGGGCUUUUAUUCGAAUCAAAGUUAAAAGAGAGUCUGAUGCUCAACGAACCCGCAACCCUCCAAGACGACGCUUUGCACUGGUCCCAAAAAUACGUUCUUGUUGAAGAAAUCAGGGCACACCACUCGAAGAUUCAUGGAACGACGAAAGAGUCGCACGUUAUGAGCUUGAUACAAGAGUACAUCAAUACUCCGCAAAGCCAAGAUGAUGCUGAAUGCCGCGACCAAAAUCGACAAGCUGCAAACAAGCGCCGACGUAAUAAUACGUCGCGUCGAGAUGAAGAAGAUGACGCCGAGAAGAACGCGCCUCAACCACUCCCUCACCCAGAUGACCUGCCUCCACCGCCAAAACGGCACGUCCGGUACACGUCGACGUUCUGGCCAAACAUCUUGACGAAGAAAAACAAGUGUUGCCUAAGCGCGACCCCAACCGGUUUCGUCGAAGCACGAUCCCGAGAAAAACAAGUGUUGCCAAAGCGCGAUCCCAACCAGUUUCGUCGAAGCACGAUCCCGAGAAAAAUAAGUGUUGCCGAAGCGCGACCCCAAUCGGUGUCAUCGAAGCGCGACCCCAACCGGUUUCGUCGAAGCACGAUCCUGAGAAAAACAAGUGUUGCCGAAGCGCGACCCCAACCGGUUUCGUCGAAGCACGAUCCCGAGAAAAACAAGUGUUGCCGAAGCGCGACCCCAACCGAUAUCGUCGAAGGACGACCCUAA